AGUCCGCAAGUCGUUGCGUGCCAGUCCGUGCGUGUGCUUUACCUAAUAAUAUUUCCACGGCCAGCAGUGCCCGCUAGUGCUCGCCGCCGCUUCUCUCUCGUCUUUUCCCGGCUUCUUGGUCUCUCGCCCUUUCUCGUUCGUUCUCCAUCUCUCUCUGUCUCUCUCUCUCUCUCUGUCUCUCUCUCUCUCUCUCUCUCUGUCUCAUUCUCUCUCUCUUUCUCUGUCUCUCUCUCUCUCUAUCUAUCUGUCUCUCGCUUUCGUUCUAUCCCGCUCUGUCGCUGCUGUCUUUGUCUCGCUCACGACCGUUCUAUAACCCCCGUGUGUGGAGGUUCGCACGGGGGUCUCUUCACAGAGAGAGAGCCAAGAAAGCAGAAGAAUCACGCUGCAGAGCAGCACGUGUGCUGCGCUCGUACGGAUCGUACGAGCCACCCCCGUACAUUACAUAUUUCUGCGUGCACAUUCAGAGAUCCAGGUUCCAAGUUGGAUGUUGAUCGCGAACGAUCAAUUCCUCGCGAUAUAUCGAAAAGGAGAGAGAGCACGGUCUCGAUAAUCGAUAUAUAUAUAUAUCUCGAUUCGAUAUUGCUCGUCUUGGAUCGAAUCGAUUCGAUCUGUGGAGAAAAGUGCAUAUGGGGAACGCGAUCUAUUUGGAAUUCUUCGAGUACGAUCGAUAAAUACGCGUAAUAUUCGGGAAUAUCGAUCUCGCCGGUUAGAGAGAUCGAUCGAUCGAUCUUCGCACUCUCUCGGUUUGUUCCGAUUUGAUCCGGUGUUGUUCGUCGAGAGGAAAAGUUGCGUGCGGGAUUUUGUAACAGUGUUUGGGACACGUGAGAGUGGACUGUAGCGGUCCGAACAUCACGCCGUCACGUGAUUGCUUUCGUGAAAAUUGUACCAAAGUGCACCAUCGUGUGACGAUACCACGUUGCCUAUUCCGGAUUCAUCGUGCUACUCUCUGAGAACGGUGAUUGGGAGGACAGCGUCGGCCGACGGCAGCUUUUGUGACCGGAAGUGCCUAAAGGCCCGAAGAUUCUGCCUUCGCAGCAGCUGGGCGCUGCGGUCGCUCCAUGGCCGGGCGCCACCGGCCUCCUAGCCUCUGUCACCGCUGACGACAUGGCACACAAAGGUCACAGUGGCGUGAAUCAGCUCGGGGGUGUGUUCGUCGGCGGUAGACCGCUUCCAGACUCGACCAGGCAAAAGAUCGUCGAGUUGGCUCAUUCCGGCGCGAGGCCCUGCGACAUCUCCAGGAUACUGCAGGUUAGCAAUGGCUGCGUCUCCAAGAUCCUUGGAAGGUACUACGAAACCGGGUCGAUCAGGCCCAGAGCCAUCGGCGGCAGCAAGCCCCGCGUCGCCACCGCCGAGGUCGUGAGCAAGAUUUCCCUCUACAAGAGCGAGUGCCCUUCCAUCUUCGCCUGGGAGAUCAGAGACCGCUUGCUCCAAGAAGGCGUGUGCACGAACGACAACAUUCCCAGUGUGUCGUCCAUAAAUAGGGUGUUGAGAAAUUUGGCGGCGCAGAAGGAGCAGCGACAGCAACAGCAGCAGCAGCAGCAAGGUGUGGCCGGUGUCGGCGUCGGGGUAGGCGCUGGUAGCCCGGCCGAGAGCGUUUACGAUAAAUUGAGACUACUCAAUGGGCAAACCACUGGAUGGCCGAGACCGAAUCCAUGGUAUCCAUCUGGAGCUGGCAGCCCAUUUCCAUCCCUGCAACCCAGUUUGAGCCCGAGUCAUUGUACGGCCUUGCCACCGGAUCCUGCGGACAUUCUGCACGCGAAGAAGGUGGCGGAACUCGAGGGCGGUGCACACUCGGACGAGACGAACAGCGGCGGCGACAACAGCAACGCAGGGAGCGUGUCCGGGGGCACGGACGAUGAUCAGGCGCGUCUUCGCUUAAAAAGGAAGCUUCAAAGGAAUCGCACGAGCUUCAGUAACGAGCAAAUCGACGCGCUCGAGAAGGAAUUCGAGAGGACGCAUUACCCAGACGUUUUCGCCAGAGAGAGAUUGGCCGGAAAGAUCGGUCUGCCCGAGGCUCGAAUACAGGUAUGGUUUUCGAAUCGGCGGGCGAAGUGGCGGCGCGAAGAGAAAUUGCGCACGCAACGGAGGGACAACCCGCAACACCAGCAGUCGCAGCAGCAGCAGCAGCAACAGCAACAGCAGCAGCAGCAGCAGCAGCAAUCCCAACAGCAGCAGCAGCACGCCGGAGGGGUGAGUCUGGUCACCGCUGGUCAUCCGACACCGCCGCCGGCCUCGGGUAUUUUGGCUGGUCAACCACCGCCGCAAGCGCCGCCCUCUCCACCUAGGAUACAUCAUGGUUUCGCGCCCACCGCCGUUUACCCCGGAAUACCCAGCAUGCCUGAUUCGUACAGUCCCAUGACGUCCAUGCCGAGUUUCACGAUGUCGGGCGGUGGCCAGCAGAACCAGCACACGACGAGCAGCAUGUCAUCGUUGUCGACGGGCGGUGGGAUGGGCCCGAUGGGCAUGACCGUGGGCAUGACGGUGGGCCCUAGCCCGGGCGCGUGCCUCCAGCAACGCGACAACGGUUACUCGUGCGGCGUCGCCCGUCCACCGAGUUACGAACCUCUUCACCUCGGAUACGGGGCAAGGCCCACGUGCAGCCCCACUCAGCCAUACCACACCGCGGGCCUGAACCAGUAUAAUCAGAACACCAGCUCGACCGGUGAGUGUCUACCGCACUCACUGCACUCGCUGCUUGCACUUUAGCCGACGGACUACCACGGAUAACACGCUAUCCAGCUUCCCGGCUUGAUAUCGCCAGGUGUCAGCGUGCCGAUCGCAGUACCAGGCCAACCAGCACCAGAUAUGGCGGCCCAAUACUGGUCACCGAGGCUGCAGUGACCGUGGUGGUCAUCGGUGUCGACAUCCUCUCCGUAGGCUCGAGCUUCUUUGACUUAAAUUAGUCUUAACGAACGAGAUUAGAUACGAGGGAACGCAAGGAGAAGACGUUCGAAAUCGAUGAAAAGAGCAGCCGUUGCAAUUCGUUCGAUGGAAUCGAUUCGAUACUUUUGUCCUCGACGAUUAUCGAUUGCCUUCGAUUAUCGAUCCAAGGCGGUCUCGUAAAAAUCGUUCGAAGAAAAAGAAAAAUGGAGAAUAACGAGGAUGUUAGUGGAAACUUGUAAAAUAAACGUCACAAAUGACGCAAAAUUUAUCGUACGGCAAAAAAAGAAUAAGUUUUGCUCGCUAAGAACGUUUCUUUCGCGCGAGAUUGAGAGCUUUUGUAAAUUAAUAGGCGUGUACGAUUAAUGGUAUAGUAAUCGUUAUUUAAAAUCUUCUAUCUAGCAUUUUUUUUUUUUUUUUUUAGAUAUAUCUUAAUAUUUUGAAUCUUUGGUGCUUAGUAUUCUUGUGAAAUUGUACAGAGAUUAUUUAUUUGGUAUUUGAAAAAUUAAACGUUAUCUAUGCAUAUUUGGAAAUGAAAAAUAAAAUUAUUAAUAAUAUAUAAAAUAAAAGUUUGACUUUUAAAUGAUUCAUUUACGCACAUUUAAAUUAUUCCAUCGCAAAUCUAAGCAACUGAGAUUUUGUUAAAAAAACAAAUAAUUUAUUUUGACAAUUACGACAAUUUUUCAACAAUAAAUUCUAGAAAUCUAAUGAUCUUUGAUACAUUUAAAUAAAGUUAGAAAAUUUUAUGUACUUUAUAGAGAUCUGGAAUCAAAUUUAAUUUAUCUUUUCUUGAACGAAGAAUAUAGUAAAAAAAAAUUCUCAAUUUUCACACAUGUUCGAAAUGCUAAAUAGAAAGCUAAAGAAAGUAGAAUAUAAAUUGUACAAAUAUAAAAAAGAUUAUUUUCCUCGAUCGAUGGAUCUAAAUUUUCAAUAUUUUUUCGUCGCUUUUUAAAUGUAUUUAAAAGCUAAUCUUUUUUAAUGUAUUUAUAGCAGACACAUUAAAUUCAAGAUUCUAAGACUCGUACACGCCUAAGGUGUGAUCAAAAAAGAUACACUCUUGCCUCCAAUUGACACACAAGAAGAACAACUUCGUCGUAAACUUGCGUAUCAUCGACGUUGCAAGAGGAGAACUAAUCAAAUUGUUCAGAAAAUCCACAUAAUCAAACAAAUGAUAGUUACGUAAUGUUUAAACUGUAAACAAUAAUUAUCUCCUAAUGAUCUCGUUUAUCUUCUUAAUCUAUUUGAAUUUUUUUUCUCAUGCUAGAUACCAAAAAGUUCAUCAAACUUUUAUUUUAAAAGCAACAAUUUUAUCAAAAAGUUAAAUUACAAAGUAGUUCUUUUUUGCAAAUAUAACGUAAUAAUCAUCAAAUUGAAUUCGAGGAUUUUUUGAGAUAAAAAGAUAAAUUUUUAAUUUUAUUUUAAAUAAUUAAUCUUGGAAAAAUCCAUUGAAAUGGAAUUGCUAUUCAUAUAUAUAUAUAUAUAUAUAUGUAAAACACUAAUUUUAAAUGAGAAAAUUUGAAAAAUAUCCAAUAUGAAAAGGAGAAAAGGAAUGAUCCAAAAUUUUUGGCCGAUAAUUUUCAAAGAUAUAUUCUUGACAAAGCAAUUUCUUUUUUUUGGCUGUAGUAUAAGAAAUAAAAUAUUUUUCAGAAUGUGUGCAGUUUUGUCUCGAAAGAAGCCUCAUUUUUAUCUUGUAUAUCGCGAGUUACGAUGAAGAUCAUUUAACAAUGAAUCAAAAUGAAAUCUAGUUCUCCAUGAUGAUUCAUGACGACACCAUAGGAGAAAUUUCUUUGUAAUGAAGCUACUAGGUACCGAAAUUUUUUAAUACGUUAUUAGCAUGAUUUAUUAUGUAACGAAUUGUUUUCGAUUCGUAAUUAUAUGAUUAUAUAAUAAUAGGCAUAAAGUAUCGGUGUAAUACCUUAUCAUCGACCAGUGAAAAUAAUUUAAUUGUUAAAAAUCGAGGCAUCCGUUCACCAUGAACGUUGAAAACGUUUUGUUAAAAGCGGCAAUAUGAUAUAAUUUUUGCGAAUAAAUUAUGAAAAAUUGAAAAUGUGUUGGAAUAGACACGUUCAAUCGUUUCAAUCCUUAUAUUGUAGAUAUUUUUCAAUCGUUUAUUAGAGCUAUAUAUCUGUACUUAGGAUAUUGGAAAAGUUUUGUUUUUAAAAAAGAUCUUUUGACAUUCAUACGCGUAAAAUGUAAAAUUUUAUCGUGAUCAACAUCAAUCGUCUAAUGUAUCUAACAUAAAAUUACAAUAAUUUUAAAUAUAAUAAAUUACUAAUAAUUUCUUUUAUUUCAUCAUAAUUUUUUUUAUAAAUAAAAAUUAUCUAUUUAUUUCAUUCUUUUCUUAAAAAAUUCUCUUUAAAAAGAAAUUUACUGAUGUAAUAUACAUAUAUAUUUUGAUAAAUAACAAAACUUUCCCAGCAUCCGACGUGUUUUCUCGCAAGAAAACUUUUUUGUAUAAAAAUACGAGAGACAAGAAGCUUGAAUCAAAAUAUCUCGUCCUUCGAUGCAAACCGUUUAAUUUCGUCACGAAUCGAGUACCACCAUUUUCUCUGAUUCCGAUUUCAUUAAUUGUAAAUGUAGAUUAAAAGCGAUGAGAAAAGAAAAGGAAAAAAAAAAAAAAAAGGAAGGAAGAAAAAUUCAUAUCUGAAUCAGAACAGCGAGCAAUUCGAAAGAGAAAGAAUUUGUAUAAAAAUGAUAAUAAAGAGAAAAAAAAGAAACAAACAAAUAAAAAUAAAAUUGUACAACACAUUCGCGGAUUAAUUUCUUUGUGGCGAAGAAUAUAAGUAAAGAAAGAAUGAUAUCGAUGGAAGAAAGAGAGAGAGAAAACUCAUUAGCAAUGGAGAAAAUCUCGCAGAGAUUUUAAAUCAGUUUCUUAGACGUAAUUUCUAUAGGCGAAUAAAAUAAAAGAAAAAAAAAAAAAGAGAGAGAGCGUAAGAAGAAUAGUUUUUAAGUCGAUAUUAAUUUAUAUUCGUGUAAGGAGCCGGGGAGAAGCAAGAAUAAUUGAACGUUUGUUGUGUGUACACCGUAAAGAUAUCGACAUUUAUAUUAUAGUUGAUUCUAUUCCCCCCCCCCCCCCACUUCAUCCAAAUAUCUGAUUAAAAAGCGAAACUCGACUCAUAAUUUAUAUCCGGUGCAAGAUUUUCAACAUCAACAAGAAUGACGCGAAAUCAGGUAUAUUAACCGUACGAUUAUGCAUUCGAAAUAAAUAGUGUGUGCAUUUAA